AUGAGGUUGAGAUUUAAAAAUAAAUAAGUCAACAGACUGGCCUUACUGUGACAAGCUCUAUUAACACGCUUUCUUUGAUUUUCAAUGUAACAUUAGCACAGAGAUAACGCAUUAUCUGAUAAAGCUCCAAACUUUGAUACUCAUAUGACAAACAUGUAUAGACAAUUCAAACUUUUGAAAUUGCUAUCAUAUUUUAUCAGUUUAGCCUCAACCACAAGUUUUAAAUGGUGCAGUUUAUUAAGCAAUUCAGAAAGCUUGGACUUCAAUGAAUGAUGGAGAUACAAGUUUUGAAAAUAACUUGUACCUACAUUUAUGCGACUCCUAGAUUGACAUGGUGAAGUUGUCCCUAAAUUCGUCAAUUCUGCAUAUUACAUGACUGCAGUUUGUUAGGCAAAAAGGACAUUGUGCAGUGUUUAAGUUGUAUAAAAGUGAGUAAGUCUAGACAUUUGACUUAGCAAAUCUGUUAAUAAAAGAAGAUGGAAGCCGCAUCAGUGUCUCUACAGAAAAGCGAUUUGGAAACAAUUGCAGCCUAUCUUUGCUCAACAUGUAAGAAUAAAAACACUGAAGCUGAGGCAUAUUGUAAAAACUGUAACUCUUGCUUUUGUGGCAAAUGUGUUAAUCUACACAAUCAGUUGUUUCAAGACCACCCCUCGUAUGGGCCUGAAGAAAUGGAGAAAUGGCCAGUUGCCAUGGCUACACAGGAGUUUCUGGAGAACUGUGAAGUCCAUAAGGGGAAGAAACUGGAACUGUUUUGUGAGGACCACAGCGCGCUGUGCUGCAAUACUUGUGUUCUGCUGAGUCAUCGUAAGUGUUCAAAGGUGACCUUGAUUGCUGACACCCCUUUGUUUGCAACAGACCAUCAGCAGUUGUCAGCCAAGAUUAACUCAAUUCUGGGUCAACUGAUGAAGCUUCAAACAAAUUGGGAGAUCAACAUGAAGUCACUGCAAGGGUCAUAUGAAGAGAGGCUUAAAGAGGUGAGAAGUAUGAGAGAGAGAAUAAAUUCCACCUUAGAUAAGCUGGAGAAAGCAACAAUGAAGGAAAUGGAUGAAGUGAAGGCCAGCUGGAAUGCGUCUCUCAAGUUUUAUGUUGACACUUGCUCUGGGCUUUGUACUAAGCUGACACAUCUCAAUGAUGCUAGACUGGAAAUUGGUGAGAAGAACAAAGAUUUGGCUUUCCUAGCCCAUCAGAAGAGUGAAGAGAUGAUAAAAAAAGUAGACAAAUACCUGAACAACAAUUCAAUACAAACAGAAGUUUCCUUAAAAUUGAUUGUUUACCAUGACAUUGAAAAGUAUUUAUCAAACCUGUCAUGUCUUGGUCAUACGAUACACAUUACAAAGGAAUUGACCAUGCAGGGGAGUCUAGACCAGGCUAUAAAAGUCACAGGAGCAAUUCCAGUGAGUGUGAGAAUACCAAGUGAUACAAGUGCAACCUAUAGUAUCUACAACAUAUGUGGUCUGUUCAAUGGUCAGACACUUGUUUCAGAUGUUAAUAAUAAAAGAUUGAAGUUGUUGGACCUGCAGCACAAGGUGGUCAGUUAUUGUGAUAUGUCUGGCUCUCAAUAUGACAUGUGUCUGAUCACCCCCUGCCAGGUAGUUGUCACUGUGGACAAAGGCAUACAGUUUGUCUCAGUACACAGUGGACAGCUAGUGAAGGAGAGAAGCCUACAGCUACCACAUGAAUGUACAGGAGUAGCUCAUCACCAGGGGGAUCUCUAUGUGACCUCCGGUACUGCUCUGUACAAGUACACUCUCACUGGCACACUGGUGAAAAUGAUGUGUGAGGAUACAUCUGCUUAUGAUACAUUCUGGAGAUGUGCAGUGAGUCCCAGUGGUGACAGAAUCUAUGUUACUCACUAUAGCCAACACAAGCUCCUCACUCUGACCAGGAAUGGGACUGUGAUCUCCACCUUCACUGACACAGAACUACAAAGCCCAUGGGGAGUUCAUGUGACACCUGCAGGACAGGUGCUUGUUUGUGGAUACACGUCCCACACUAUCAUACAGGUGGACAUAGAGGGCAAGAAGAAGAUUGCUACACUAGCUACACAGAAGGAUGGAAUAAAAUACCCUCAAUCAGUAUUCUCUAACUGGAAAUCUGGCUCUGUCUUUGUGGGACAAUACAAUAAAAACAUCCUGGUGUUUAAUGUAAAAUGAAAUAGAUUUCUGAGAAACACCAUUAUUGUUAACAUACAUUUGCAUGUUUAGCCUAUUGAAAUUGACUAGGUUUUUAAACAGCAAGUAUGCCAAAUGUUGUUUUUAUGACCCCCGAAGGAGGGCAUACAGUGAUCGGACCGUCCGUCUGUCCGUCCGUCUGUUUGUCCUUCCGUCAAACUUUGCGUUUAGGUUUCGAAAAAUGCUCAUAACUCUAUGUCCCUUCACAUAGCAACUUGAUAUUUGGCAUGCAUGUGUAUCUCAUAGAGCUGCACAUUUUGCGUGGUGAAAGGUCUAGGUCAUCAUUCAAGGUCAAAAGUAAAAAAAACAUCAAAGCGGCGCAGUAGGGGGCAUUGUGUCUCUGACAAACACAUCUCUUGUUUCAUUGUGCUUUCUAAAUUGUGGGGGAUACAGAUAAAAACUUCAAUAACAAAAAACAAGUUGAGAUGAUUUUGAUUCACUAUACAGGUAAAACACUUCGUUGUAUAUAACAUUGUCAAUUUAAUUUAUGAUUUUAAUAUCAUAAAUACGUUACCUGUUAUCUCUAGCUUACCCCUUUCCAAGGGAGUUAUUUCAUCCGGAAAAUAUUCAAGCGCUGGGAA